AGACACCUCUGCCACUAAACUGUGUUCUAGGUCUGUGCGGCGUCAUGCUGCUGGUUCUAUAUUAUUUGGUGGUGGUGAAUGUUUUACCUUCGGACUCUCAGUUUGAUGGAUGUUUACGGAAACAGUUCAACUGCAUUGCCGCCAAGUUUAGGGGGGAGUUUACACAAGAUGGAGUUCACCUGACGAACAGCUCGGAGAAGGUGUUCUAUGACGAGGAUAGAAGAAUGAUAGCGAGAGAGGAGUAUGGACAAACGGACGGACAACCAUUCGUGACAUUCCGCCUCUAUGACUAUCCCAACAACAUCCUGUAUGAUGUGGUGACAAUCGAUGGCAAAGAGAUAUGUGUGAAGAUCCCCUUGGAUGAGCCUUUCAAGAAGGAGUGUAUGCCGGAUAGUAGAGACUACAUAUGGAUAAAAUCUGCGCUAGGUGACAUGGUGCCCACGAUAAGGUUUAAAUGGGAGGUUUGCAACCUGACCACGGAACUGACCUACACCUACGCCAUGCAGCCGGUCCUACUAGAUACGUACGGCACCGACCGGGAUGGAGUGUCUGUGUUUGAGACAGUAUGGAUCCAGAACAUCACAGACACGGCAGCCAGUGCUGAAAUCUUUACCCCUCCUCCAAGUUGCGGGAACGCAGUGUUCGAGGGUACACUUGAACCCUACAGUCGAAACACGGGAUACCUGUCAUUUUGAUUUGAGAGAACUUGGAGAAUAUUGUAUCAAUGACGCUGUGGUUCAUUUAUUCUGUAAUAAAAAUACCGUCAAAUCAUUUUUAA